UGAUGGGUGCGGAUGCUGUUCCUUUGUACACGCGUGUGGGCUUAGCAAAGCUCUCUCUUUCAAAUAAGAAACGCUCCUUGUCGCUGACAAACAGAUAGGAAAACUCGCUAAGAGGAGUGGAGGCGUUCUUCCUAGUAACUCGCUCGAGUCGACUCGGUUGAUUUCCGAACAAGUCAAAUGGCUCGGUGUCUUUGUUCCCUUUCAUUCCUUUCACUUCUCAAAAGCACUCGACCCCAUCUCCAGCCGUCAGUAUUUCAAAGGCAGAAACUCUUCUCAUCAUUUCCCGCGCUUUUUGUGUUUGUGUUUUGGUCCGUUUUGGGUGUUUGAUUUUUCUUGUUUUUUUUCCCAGUGGAUAAUGAAAUCUUCAUCGUGGCAGGUUAAAGCUUUGUUGGGGUGGCCCAUUUAUCAACGGUGGAGAUUGGAUGACUGUACAAGCAUCAAGAUCCUAUGCUCGAGAUGCUCGUGGACGCUCACAUUAUGACCUCUUUGGCAAUGGGAAACCGGGGGAUGAAGAAUUCAAGAAAGCCUGGGAGAAGGAAAUGGAUGAAGAGACCUGUCUGUGGACAGGAAGUGAUGAAGAUGAAAUGGACGUGAAAGAUCGUAGCCAUGUCAACAAAGAUGCUAAGAAAUUGAAAGAGGAGGCUGAGGAACGAUCAAGGCUUAUUGAUGCUGAUGAUAGUGAUGAACUGGCAAGCGUGUGGUCCGGAAGUGACGAGGAGAAGACAUUGUGGACAGGUAGUGAAUGUGAUGAUGACGACGACAUUCCUACCGAAGCUCUUCCAAAUGAGCGAAGUGACCCAUAUAUUGAUAAAUUGUUUGAGUUUGAGGAGACACCAAAAUAUCGAACAAUUGCAGAGCUACUAAAAGAUGAGGAAGAACCCAAGGAGUUGUCUCCUGGAAAACAAGCGAGAAAAAUCGCUGUUGAAAAUGCCUUGAAGAAAUUGAAGAAAGGACCAGAUGGGCGCUACACAAAUGUGUGGGAGGUCAUGAGUGAUAUAGAUAUCUUGAUAGGAGCUUUUGAAAAUAUCGUCUCAGGGCCAGAGUAUGCAGAGCUGAGAGAGGGAGGCCCCAAGAAGCUAAACAUGCAGUUCUUCAAGGAUAUACAAGCACGUAUGAGAGACCCGAAUUUUAAAUUCUCUCCGGAGCUGAAGUUGAAGCCAAAGAGCAAAUUAGUCUCGAGGAAGAAAUGGCAAAAGUCCCAGUCUAGACAAAAGAAAGCCAAGAGGCGCUAAGAGUUGGUAAUGUUUUGUCUAUUUCCUUUAAAACAAAUCAUCCCCAUGUAUUAGUCUUUGAUUUUAUUUAAUUUUCUUAGCUGGGUGUUUUGGUUUCUUUGGCAGUUUGGCUGUGUUUUUGUUUUCUUCUAUCAGUGUAUAUUUCUCGUCUACGCCUCGUAUAUGAUAAACUUGUUUGACAGGAAUUUUGUAGGGAUUGCAUAUGGUAUGUGACUUGUGAGCUUGGUUGGUUGCGGCUGUUUGAACAUUGUAAAUGUGUUUCAUUUGGAUGCACAAGUGAAUUUGAAUCGUGAAAAUUCA